AGCAAGCUUACAUAUGAAAAAAAGCUUUGGUCGUGUGCAACCCUCAUGGCGUGCGAUUCCGCGUAUUCUCUCGAGUGAACAUUUUGUAUAUGGCGCAGUCUUAUCGCAGGUUGUUUGUGUUGUUCUAUUCGUUUGAAAGAUUUUUAAAAAAAUCGUCUAUUUUGCUGUUCAAAUUCUAAAAAGGUUGCUGGUACACUUCGGUCAUGGUUUUAGCAUCCAUUGGAAUCGUUGUCUCUGUUUGUGUGCGUACGUGCUAAGCGGAGUGCUGUGUUAAAUCACAUAAAUAAAUAAGAAAAACUGAAAGGGAAACACAUCGUCAAUUCGCUUUUGUAUGUAAAACUGAGUUACCAACAUCAGUGGCAAAAUCAAUUAUAGAAGAACAAUAACAGGAAACUAAUUUCGUAUCAAAGCAACAACAGUUUUGCAGGUGUUAAAAAGUGUAAGCUUCCUGAAAGCAGAGCGUAAAUUGUUAAAAACUCGUAUUGCUGCACAUAGGUAGGUCACCUUUCCUAGUGUGCGUAGAUUUGCUGUGGCUACACCAACACUUGCACGUGCCUCUAAAGGCCCGAAAGUGAUCAAAACGUUUAAAUAUCUAAAAGAGGCGAAAAAAGGCAAAAUGAAAAACCACAGCAAUAUUGCAUCAGGUGCAUACGAAGAUCAUUCCCAGUUCGAUAGCGAUGAAAGUAAUCACAGCAAUAGCGACAACACGCAGAACAGCAUUACAAGCACCGCUAGUGGCGGACAUCAACAAAUGCCCCCGGAAAUUCCAGUCGCCGGUGGUAAUGAAAGUGGUGGUGGUAACCUCAAUAAACAACCAACUACUCUCGAUCUUUCCAUCAACGCAUCAACGCAGGCACUUUCCAAUAUCCUUAUUCCUAGACCGUUCGCAUCAUUCGACGGUAUUGGGGUGCAUAGCGGGGUGCCGACCCGCACCACACCAACACUGACACCAACCACGCUAAAAAACAUCGAGCAAACGUUCAUGGAAGCGGCGAGCGAUACGCAGAUAAAUAUACCAUACCAGGCGGGAUUCGUGCCACCGUCCUAUCCGAUGGAGGAUCACAGUCAGGAUGGAGGUGUCAGCCAAGAGUCACUUAGUUCCACCUCAAACGGUUCCUGGCACGUGUCGCACGGUUACACCGGUGACGAUCUCGACUCGAAAUCAUCCGCAUCGUUGGAACAACCUUCAUCAGGUACGCGCAGCCGUCGGUCCGGUUUUGCAGCGGCAGGCACAGAUGAGAAUGCGAAAAGCGAAUCUGGUUUAACCGAGGGUGGGAGUGCGUUUGUGAUUGAUUCAUCCGCUGGUAAGGUGUCCGGUACCGGAUCACGCAGUGGUGGCGGUGGCCGACGUAAUGUCGGUGGCCGGCGUCCCCACAAGCCAUCCAAUCUCACGCCCGAAGAGGAGGAGAAGCGUCGGAUUAGACGCGAACGCAAUAAGCAAGCGGCUGCAAGGUGCCGAAGGCGACGGGAAGAUCAUACCAACGAGUUGGUGGAUGAAACGGAUCAGCUUGAGAAGAAGCGCCAAUCAUUGGCACAGGAAAUUCAGCAACUGCAGCAAGAGAAGGAUGAUCUGGAGUUUCUACUCGAAUCCCAUCGCGAGCACUGCCGCCUGCAGGCUCGCCGGAGCAGCCCAAUCGACCUGAAACCAGCGGAGAUUGAGAACAUUGCUACGUUCGUGCCGCCAAAGAUCAAAACCGAACCCGAUGAAGAAUUUGCCCACCAGCAACAGAACCAACACCCGAAUCAGCUUCAGGAACAUGUGGUCACUGCUGUUGAACAUGGGACGAUUUCCAAGAAACUAAAACUUUCGAACAUACAUAGUGACAGCCUCGAGACACCGACACCAAUCAGUGCCUUCGCUCCCCUUGCUGGAAUGGGACUUGCGGGCAGCAAACCAUCGACAGUGUUUGGCAACAGUGGCCGUCCAACCCGCCCAGAUAGCUUGGAUGUGAAAUCAGCCGCACAAUACCCAUUGCAUGCCAGGAGUGAUGCGGGUGGAGCUGUUGGAAUCACAACUCCCUCGAGCGGGCUGUUUAACUUCGACAGCCUGAUGGAGGGUGGAACCGGACUCACACCGAUCGCAGCGCCCAUCCCACCGAAUCGGAAUCCACUGGAGCUUAUCACACCGACCAGCACAGAGCCAUCGAAGCUAUGUAGUCUAUAGUGGCAUAUUUAUAUAGUACACUACGCCAUGCGCUGAUUGCAUCCGCCCAGUACAGAAAAUGACGACUUGUUGA